UCUCUGAGUCUCGGACCGGACACAGUCUCUACGUCAUUUUUUGCCUACCUAUCUUGAUUUUCGUGAGUGAGAUACCAGGCUGAGCUACAAUACAAGUACCAUGUCAGCUCCGGUAUUCACAUGCAUCUCGUGCCGAGUAGCAUUCGCCAGUAUGGACCUCCAGAGGGCCCACUACAAGUCAGACUGGCAUCGCUACAACCUCAAGCGUAAGGUCGCUGAGCUGCCCCCUGUCACUGCCGUCGAAUUCAAGCAGCGGCUGCUUGCCCAGCAGUCCAAGACCGCAGAGGAAGCGCGAGACACGUCUACGAGAUGUGGCGUUUGUGGGAAGCACUUUGGCACAGAGAAUGCCUACACAAACCACUUAGGGUCCAAGAAGCACAAAGAAGCAGAGGCUAAGAUAAAAGCAGCUUCCAGUGCAGACAACGGCGAUGAAGUCUCCGUCAAGAAUGAAAAGAACAAGCGCGAUCAGGCAAAGGUUGAUGCGUAUGAAGGACAGAAGAUGAUGAGGGAAGGCGCCGAGAAGAAGAAAGAAUUGAAGAUUGAAGACAAUGCUGCAUCAUCAUCAUCACCAUCGUCAUCAUCGUCCAGUUCCAGAAAGGGGAACAAGCCUGCAGUACCUGCUCAGGCGGACGAUGAUGAAGUCAUGGACGAUGAGGAGAGGGAAGCAGAGUGGGAGGAUGUUGAAGGAGAAGAGAUACCACCAUCAGAUUGUCUCUUCUGCAGUCGAUCGUCGUCGUCGAUAGAAAAGAACCUUCAUCACAUGACCGUGUCUCAUAGCUUCUUUCUGCCCAAUGUUGAAUUCAUUGUAGACAUGGAAGAACUGUUGACAUAUCUUGGUGUCAAGGUUGGGUGUGACUUCAUGUGUCUUUGGUGUAACAACAAGGGAAAGGCCUUCUAUUCCCUGGACUCAGUUCAGAGACAUAUGAGAGAUAAGGGCCACAGUAAGAUGCUCUAUGAAGGAGACGCUAUCUAUGAAUAUUCAGAUUUCUAUGACUUCAGGAAAAGUUAUCCAGACUUUGAUGCAAAGAACGGAGGAGCGGUAGGAGGAGAGGUGAAGGAUGGCGAGGAGGAAGAUGAAGAAGAAGAGAUGGACUUAGGCAGCUGUGAGAUGAAGGAGGAAGGGUUUGAGCUUACACUGCCCUCUGGAAUCAAGAUUGGUCACAGAGAGCUGAGCAAGUAUUACAAGCAGAACCUUCCCCUAGAGAGACGAGUCGCCAAGAAGAAUCCCGCCCUCAUUGGUAGAUUGAUGACACAGUAUAAGGCCCUCGGCUGGCAUGGUCUCAAAGGUGAAGCGUCAGAGAAGAUGAUUCGAGACCUCCGCUACGUUCAGAAGUUCCGCAGUAAGAAGCAUCUCUCACUCGGAGUCAGGGCCAACAAAUUCCAGACGUAUUUCCGCUGCCAGAACCCAAUAUAGACCUCCUUUCACAGUUACUGUUAAACUUGUUCUUCAUGACCACCUCUUUGUAGAGGCCACCUGUCUAUAGCGGUCCCUUUACUGAUUGUUUACAAGAGAACCUGUGUUGUAGAACCUGUCCAGAAUGACCAUUUGUCUACAGUAUUCAAUUUGUGCGUUUCCCUUGAUUAGCCUCUAAUGGCAGGUUUGAUUGUACUUUAUAUUCCAGUUGAACCUGUAUAUAAAGACCACUCAAGGGAGACAAGAAAAGUAGUCUUUGUAAGCAGGUGGUCUAUCUGUGUAGGUUCCUAGCUUUAAUACGAGAUGCAAUGACAAACACUUUUCAAGGGAAACAAAAAGUGUAUUUAUAGACACGUGGUCUUUUUAUACAGGUGGUUGUGAAGGCAAGUUUGACUGCAUAUACCCUUGAUUUGUACACAUACAUUUGUACGUCCUGUCUUUUGAACAUCAUUAUUUGUAUGAUUCGGGUCCUUGCUGUAGGCGGUGUAUCCUGCCCAAGACAUUUGUACAUGUUUUGGACUCUAAAUGGCUAAUUGUAGUUUUUCUAAUUUAGAAAUGGAUAAAAGCAUUGUGAACUUUAUUCCUGUGGAAGGCAUUUAAUAAUAAAACAAUGACGUGAAACUCAAACCAGACUAUGAUAAUGAUAAUGAUAAAUUUACAUAAAUUUGUUGGCAGAGGAGAGUUCAGGAAAGCCAUAAUGGAAUCAUGUAGCAUCAGGGGUUGGAUUCCAUCAUCCUUCUGUUGGUCUACUUAAAGUUAUGGAAAAAUAAUUUUUGUCUGACUUUUCUGACCUUCAUGUAGGAGUGGAUACAUGUAUAUGAAUAAUUGAUUAAAAAUGCCAAAUAAAAAAAAUUGAGAUCAUUAUUCAAGAUUCUCCUUUUCUCCAGAGCUUUAAGAAUGCUCAUCUUCAUACCUGAACCUUUUCAAUAUGCUUUUUAAGUAGGGAUAGAUUAAUGUGUAACUCGACAUCUUAAAAUAUAAUGUUUGGUACAAUCUGCUAUCUAACCAAGGAAUGUACCUUUUAAAAAGGAAAUCUACUUUAUAACAAAUAUAAAAAGAUGUUGUGAAAGUGCUGCUUGAUUAAAAAAAAUAUCAGAGUAAAUAUUUGUGUGUGUGUGUGUAAGUACAUGGAUGUGAUUAUAAUUUCCCAUUUUACAAAUCUAUGACCAGUAUGUCUUAAGUAUGUAGAUACAACAAUAAAUAAUACCAAUUAAACAAAAAA